AUGAAUAUCGACUGCUCUCAGUGCGUCUCAGUCAUCGUCACGCUUACCCUCAGUUUUACCACCGAGAACAUCUGGAACUACAUCUAUAUUCUUCCGAACGAUUCUCCAAAGUGGGCCGAGUACGUUCGCUAGUAGUACCGGCCUGCGGAUGAACUACAGCUCUUUACCUCGUAGCCUGAAACUGAUCAUCGGCCACUAAAAUGAAUCCACAGAGUCGAGUUGUCCUACUUUUUCGUCCCCUGGGUCUACAGCAUCAUCUACUCGAUCGGAUGCACAGCACUCUUCCUAAACCUAAGCGGCGUUCGACGCUCGCGAAGUCGAUCGCACAACCCCGCCGAGGUUCAGUCGGACUCUAUUUUGGAACAUGGUUCUACUAGUCCUCCGGUAAUCCCUCUAUCACCUGAUGGACGAGGGUUGGGCAUAGGGGAUUUGUCGCGGGACGAGGCGGAUGGCAAGUUGGCUCUGCCUCCUUUUCGCUUGGAUCGACUUGGAGACCGCCAGAGGGCUUAG